AUGCAGCAACAAUAUGCUCGUCCUCAUCCAGGAACUGCCCGAUUAUUCUCCUUCGUUCAUGAAUCACCGCGUGAGAGCCGAUGGAGUCCGGGAGAUCACGCGUAUGAGGAGUUCAAGAAAAUUGUAGUUCUUGCUGGAGCUUUCUUCUUUGUUAUUAUCAUAUGCGUUAUGUCCAAAUUACAGGUUGGGCCUGAAGAUGUACUACGAUGGUCACCCAUUGUGUGGCUUAUUGGUGUGUGUACAGCGGGAGCAAUCAUGAAUUUCAUCUUCUAUUGCCAGAAGAAAUAUCAGGAGAAGAAACGGCGACGUCGAAAUGUCGAGUUGGAACAGUUGUAUGCAUUACCGAUUCCUCUCUCAUUUCCUUGUUUGGCACCUCCUCCGCACAUCGACUGCUGUCGAGCAGGUUCUGUAAUAUCAUUACCAACCUAUGAUGAUGUAGUUCGAGAAAAAGAAGAGGAAGAGCUACCUCCUGCGUAUGGCGAUGCAGUUGCGAUGCUCCCUCAAACAAACAACCCGUCUCCAGUUUAA